UAACAGCAUAGCUACCAAAUCCAUCCCCAACAAUACAAGAAGUUGAUCAAAAUAGAAGAAAAAAUGUCCCUCCUUUCCUCGAAUGGUGGGUUCUUUGGUAGAAAAAGAAACGAAACACCUCGUUCUGAAACAUGGGACCCGUACAAAGAGUACCAUGGUUUGGGAGGGAUUCCAAUCCCAGCACCACCUCACAUGCCUUUCCCCACGGACCCUUCAACAAUGAUCAACACUCGCAGAGAGUGGAAGGAGACACCCGAAGCGUACAUGUACAAGACACACCUUCCUGGUCUCAAUCGCAAUGACGUGAGAGUGGAAGUGGAUGAUGACAGAGUGCUCUGCAUCAUUUGUGAGAAGAAUGUGGAGAAACGAGAACAAAGAGAAGGGUGGCACAAAGUGGAGCUCUCUAGUGACCACUUUGUUCACCGUCUCACUUUGCCUCAAAACUCUAUGGUUGACCAAAUUAAGGCUCAUAUGGAAAAUGAGGUGCUUACUAUUAGGGUACCUAAGCGCACCAAAGUUACCAACCACCGUGUCAGAAACAUUAGUAUUUCUUCUCAGUGAGGCUCUGUUUCAUCUCGUCAAUGGAAAUUAAAUUCAGAAACAUGGUUGUCUAGAUAAAUAAAUCGCUAAAGGUCUAUGCUUUUGCAAUCUUGUCAACUAAUCCAUCUAUUAGAACAAUAAUCAGUUUGAGGGAUUACCCUGCGUUGGUAUAAGAAAUAUGAAGUUGGCAAUUAUACAUAUCUCUUUGCUGAUUACUGUUGGAACUCUCGAACAUCCUAACAAUUACAAUGUUUUUUUUUUUAACCUAAUAAUCGAAUCUCUAUUAACACUUUCUCCUCUUACGGGAAAAAAAAAAAAAAACACCACACGUUAUGGUCAGAAUCAUGCCAUGUUCAUUUUCCUUCAUGAAUAUUAUAAGUUGAUAGAUAUGAAUUUUUUAAGUAUACUCACAAGGGUUCGUCAUAUAUAUGAAAAAAAAAUGUAAUAAAAAAUAAUUUUUAUUUCAGUAAUUAUUACACCAUGAAAAAUAAUAU